AGGGAGAGGGAGAGAGGCUGCGUUUAAAGGGCUUUGGCUGCGCUGAAAAUCACCCGCUUUUCCUGCACGGUUAAAACAAGGAAAUUCAAAUCGUGUGGGAACGUGAUCCUUUUGCUCGCUGGCAGCGACGCUGCGGCUGCUCUGCUGAGAGGUAACUCGCAAGACCGAGGAAAGGGGCGGGGAGAGGAACCUCGGGGGUCGGGUAAAGCCCACUAGGAGUCCUCCCUUGCGCGCGGACGCUGUGGGCGGUGCCUGGGCCAGGGCUGCCGCUCACCUGGCGCUGCAGGUGGAGAGCAUGAGGGAACAACACCUUGACUGGAUCUCGGAAAACCCGACUUCUUCCGCGUCACCACACUUUUCACGUCUUUCCAGAUAGCCUGAGGUCGGCCAGGAGGAGAGUCAGCUAUGGAGACCAAAGGCUACCACAGUCUCCCUGAAGGUCUAGAUAUGGAAAGACGGUGGGGUCAAGUUUCUCAGGCUGUGGAACAUUCUUCCCUGGGACCUACAGAGAGGACCGAUGAGAAUAACUACAUGGAGAUUGUCAAUGUAAGCUGUGUUUCCGGUGCUAUUCCAAACAACAGUACUCAAGGAAGCAGCAAAGAAAAACACGAACUACUCCCUUGCCUUCAGCAAGAAAAUAAUCGGUCUGGGAUUUUAACAUCUGAUAUUAAAACUGAGCUGGAGUCUAAGGAACUUUCAGCAACUGUAGCUGAGUCCAUGGGUUUAUACAUGGAUUCCGUAAGAGAUGCUGACUACACCUAUGAUCAGCAGAACCAACAAGGAAACAUGAGUCCAGCAAAGAUUUAUCAAAAUGUUGAACAGCUGGUGAAGUUUUACAAAGAAAAUGGCCAUCAUCCUUCCACUCUAGGUGGUGUGAACAGGCCCUUGAGAUCCUUCAUGUCUGACUCUGGGAGCUCUGUGAAUGGUGGGGUCAUGCGUGCCAUUGUUAAAAGCCCUAUUAUGUGUCAUGAGAAGAGCCCAUCUGUUUGCAGCCCUCUGAACAUGACGUCUUCAGUCUGCAGCCCUGCUGGAAUCAGCUCUGUGUCCUCCACCUCUGCCAGCUUUGGCAGUUUCACAGUGCACAGCCCUAUCACCCAGGGGACUCCUUUGACAUGCUCCCCUAAUGUUGAAAAUCGAGGCUCCAGGUCGCACAGCCCAGCACAUGCCAGCAAUGUGGGCUCUCCUCUCUCAAGUCCAUUAAGUAGCAUGAAAUCCCCAAUAUCCAGCCCUCCGAGUCAUUGCAGCGUAAAAUCUCCGGUCUCCAGUCCUAAUAAUGUCACUCUGCGAUCCUCUGUGUCUAGCCCUGCAAACAUCAACAACUCAAGGUGCUCUGUUUCCAGCCCUUCCAACACGAAUAACAGAUCCACGCUCUCCAGUCCAACUGCUAGUACUGUGGGAUCUAUCUGUAGCCCUGUGAACAAUGCCUUCAGCUACACUGCUUCUGGCACCCCCGCUGGAUCUAGUGCAGCCCGGGAUGUGGUUCCUAGUCCAGACACACAGGAGAAGGGUGCUCAAGAGGUCCCCUUUCCAAAGAGUGAGGAAGUAGAGAAUGCCAUCUCCAAUGGUGUGACUGGCCAGCUUAACAUUGUCCAGUACAUAAAACCGGAGCCAGAUGGAGCUUUUAGCAGCUCAUGUCUGGGAGGAAAUAGCAAAAUAAAUUCUGAUUCCCCAUUCUCAGUACCAAUAAAGCAAGAAUCAACCAAGCAUUCAUGUUCAGGCACCUCUUUUAAAGGGAAUCCAACGGUAAACCCAUUUCCAUUUAUGGAUGGCUCAUAUUUUUCCUUUAUGGAUGAUAAAGACUAUUAUUCUCUAUCAGGAAUUUUAGGACCACCUGUGCCCGGCUUCGAUGGUAACUGUGAAGGCAGCGGAUUCCCCAUGGGUAUUAAACAGGAACCGGAUGAUGGGAGCUAUUACCCAGAGGCCAGCAUCCCUUCAUCUGCUAUUGUUGGUGUGAAUUCAGGUGGACAGUCCUUUCACUACAGGAUUGGUGCUCAAGGUACAAUAUCUUUAUCACGAUCGGCUAGAGACCAAUCUUUCCAACACCUGAGUUCCUUUCCUCCCGUUAAUACAUUAGUGGAGUCAUGGAAAUCACAUGGCGACCUGUCAUCUAGAAGAAGUGAUGGAUAUCCAGUUCUAGAAUACAUUCCAGAAAAUGUAACAAGCUCUACUUUACGAAGUGUUUCUACUGGAUCUUCAAGACCUUCCAAAAUAUGUUUGGUGUGUGGGGAUGAGGCUUCAGGAUGUCAUUAUGGGGUAGUAACCUGUGGCAGCUGCAAAGUGUUCUUCAAAAGAGCAGUGGAAGGUAAAUGUUCAUGUGGGUGUUCCUUUUCACAUUUCCUUUCCUAGUGUGUAGUUUACAUGCAUAGUUAAUGCUAAAUCAUUAUUGGGAAAUAAUUCAAAAAUGUCUUUGAGGCAGUCUGUCCGCGAUAAAUAGAAAUAAUGUCUUACCUAAAAGCCACCUGAAGAUGUUCCACUGAGCGCUGUUUAAUGGGCAAGAUUUGACACGGAGAACUGCGAUCAAUCAAAAAGAAGUUUUCGUUUUUGUUUGUUUGUUUUUCAGUUAGCCUUAGAAAAAUAAUUCUCCAUAACCUUAAUUUGCAUGAUGUGCAAAGCAUUUUUACUAGGCACGCAUAGAAUGCAUCAUAUCUUUUCUGUGUUUCCGCAUAAAAUAUAUGUGUUUGUGGCAAAGUAAAACAUUAAUAUCAGAAUCGUGUCUGUAAUUUGAGUUCCAUACAGAAUAAUUCCAUUUAGCAGCUGCUUCAUAUUCCAGGUCCCUGCUAAUGUCCUGCCUUUGUUCUAACUGAAGGUUUUCCAAACCAGGAAGUUAAAUUAGACGUCUGACUGUAGUUCUCUAGGUGUAUUUAGGCUAGCUUUUGCUUCUGUCCACGUAAUUGUACUUCCUCAGGAGAAGUAGUCUUUUAGUUUGUUUUUGCCUCCCUCCAUCCUCACUUAUAAGCAAUGAAUUAACAUCAGACUUAGUCCAGAUGGUUUUAUUAAUGUUGACGACAUGACUGGUGAAAGUGUAGAAUUUUUGCUAUAAACAGCAGCGUUACCGGCGUAAUUGACAGCGAUUUCACCAGGGAGUUCCACAUUAAGACUCCUGUAGAUUUAGUUCUCAGGACAGUUUUCGAGAGAUGGAUCAGUGCUUCAGAGACCUAGGGGUAAAGGACUUGAAUGCUUCAUCUAUUUUGCUGGUGACCACGAAGAAAUGUUUUGGAUGCAAAAGCUGACCAAGUAGUUAUUUCUGAGCUUCUGGGAUUGAUUUCGUGUUCUUUAAUUAAUUUUACAUGAUUUUACAUUAUUUACACUAUUAAUUAUUUAAUAGUCCCCAAACCCAGCAUUGAAUUGGUAAUAGGAAUUCUGUAUUUCUUUCGCAGAAUAUGGGCUCUUGGUUACAGGUGACAGAAAACUCAACACAAACUUUCUUAAGCACCAGUGGAAAUUCAUUGGUUCACAUAACUCUAAAGCCCUAUUGUAGGCUUGGCUUCAGACAAGCCGUGGUCUUAAGCCAGGUGGUUAGAACUCAAUCCCAUCCUCCCCCUCCUUGACUUUGCCCUGGCUCUACUCUCGUCCAGGUUCUCUCAUGGUGAUGAGACAGCCACCAGGACCUCAUGAAAAAGAGGUCCUCUGUUCCCAACUGUUCUUAUAAAAGUCCCCAGUUAAAUCUCCUAAGACUGCACCUGGCUCCCAUGUUCCCCUCUGAACCAGUGCAGUGAUCUGACAGGCUCCUUCUAGCUGGAGUUAGCCAACCUAAGCUACCUAGACCAAGAGUGGGGAAGAGUAUUUCCCAUAGGAAAAAAUGGAUCCUGUUACCAGGAGAUUGAUUCCUGGAAAAUAAAUUUGUACGAUACUGAAACCAAUUUAUUUUUUCAGACUUUCCUCCCAUGUCACCCCCUUUUCUCUUUCCUUAACUCUAUGAUUGGCUCAGUAGAAGAUAAAUAGGUAAAAUUGCCUCUGUCCUAAUGCCACUCUGUACCUUCCAAUGUAAGGACUCCCUCCUGAACAAAGUAAGGCGAUAUGUAAAAAUAAAGCAGUAUGGAAAAGGGUGUUUGGAGGGGGACCCUCUGUGUGGCCUGCAUGUGGGUCAGCUUUCAUUUCAGGACCCAGGUUGAGGCUGGUUAUGGCACCUGCACUUCUCUGCUUCUGAAGCAAAAGGUUUUCCCAAAGGUUUUGCUUAGUUUUUGUUUUAAAUAAUUUCUAUGGAAGUAACUGAGGAAAGAAGUGUUUUUGUAACUAAGGUAUAAAUAAAUAAGGAGAAGCCCUACAUCUUUUUCUUUCGUUGGAAAGCUAAUCAAUACUGGAUAAUGAAACCCUUUUAAGACUUCUAUUAGUAUAGUUUAGUCCCUAUUGGGGGGGGCGGAUUACGAUUUUAAAGCUCACCUGAAUGAAACAAGGCUAUAAAUUUUGAA